GAACAGGACUCGACGUCACCAUUAUGGUUCUCGGGGGUGGCCCGAUCGCUGCCAAUGCCUUGCCUUUUCACCAGCAGAUCAAGAUCAAAUACAUGUGUGCUGGAAACGAGAUUAUUUACAAUAAUGACAAUAACUUGAUCUCAAAUCUUCUACCUGCGAUGCAAAGUUUUAACAAUGCUUCGAAAGCUUCCGGUCUUUCAAAUAUGAAGGUGACAACUCCAAAUGGGUAUACAGUAGGCUUUAACCAAAGU